AUGACAACCCACCCAUCUCCACUGACACCUGUGCCCCAAACCACGGGCCCCUCGGACCACCACCACGCGGGCGGUGGGCCCGGGGUCACGAGGCGAAGGGGUGGAUGGCAGUUGGGCUCAGCAGGCGCGAGCGCGAGGGGGCGCGCGCCGUCGCGGGCAAGUGGAAACCGCCUCCCCGAUAAAACCCUGGCGCCCCUCCCCGCUCUCGCCUCCGCUCCCCUCCGCCCCGCGCACACGCCACGCAUCGCCCUCCAAGAAAGAGUUCCGGCCAACCGCCCCGAGAUCCCCAUGGACGGAGGCGGCCACGGCGGCGCGCCCGACGACGCCGACGCGGCCUUCUUCUCGCGCCGCCGGUACCGCUGCUGCUGCUUCUCCGCGCCGUGGCAGUCGUCGUCCUCCUCCUCGCACGCCCGCCGCGCGGGGCCGACCACGACGGACGAGGAGUGGUGGCACCAGGUCGGGGAAGGGACGAGGGCGGGCGCGGAGCGGCGGCGGUGGUGGCGGCGCGGGGUGGACGCGCUGAUGAAGGUGCGCGAGUGGUCGGAGCUGGUGGCCGGCCCGCGCUGGAAGACCUUCAUCCGGCGGUUCCGCCGCGGGCACCACCGGCACGGGGCCGGCGCCGGCGCCGGCGGGGGGCGGAAGCUCAACUACGACGCGCUCAGCUACGCGCUCAACUUCGACGAGGGCCACGGCGCCACCCCGGAGGGCGCCCCGGGCGGCGAGCUCCCGGGGUACCCCGACUUCUCCGCCCGCUUCGCCGCGCCGCUGGGCUCCGCCAGGUCCUCCAUGGACCUCGGCGGCCGCGACGCGCCCUCGCUGUUCCACCACCCGCUGCCGCAGCAGCCGCACACUCCCCCCGCCGCCGCCGCCGCGCGGGGCUGACGGCGCCGGCCAACCGAUUCUUUUCUGCUGUAGUGGGGCGGCGGAGGCGAUAAGGCGGGACGUCCCUUUCCUCCUGUUGGCCGCUGGUGGCGGUGGAUGGUGUCCAUAGGCUGCUGCUGGUGGUGGUGCUCCGGCAAUUCUUUCAUUUUCUUGUCUCGUUCGCCAUUGUAUAAAAUCAUACCAUCACAGUAGACCUCAAUUUUGUCGUAAUAGUCACAGAAUUUGUCCAGAAAGCUCAUCCUCGCCUGUAUCUAUGAUCACCAUCUCCCUUCAUCAUGUAUGAAACAUAUAUUUGUAGAUUCCUGUUAUCAUCAUCUUCAGUAAUGCUGCAGUCGAUGAUAUUACAAAUUAA